AUGCCUAGAGUAAAAGCCAAAGUAGAUCUUACUCCUGAUGUCAAGCGCGUUGAGGAAGGCCUUGAUAGCAUCAUACAUCGCCAGCCCUGCAAGCAUGAUUUUAACUCCUUGUAUUCAAGUACAGAUAAAAUCAUCAACAACGACAACCAGGCCAAGCUUUUCGAUCUCCUCAACAACAAGAUCAACGAGGAGAUAGCAAAGUGGGAGAAACAGCUCAAAGAGGUAACAUCCAAUUCUCUCCUUUCCCUUUUCUCAACAUUGUACGAUAACUUUAAGAUUUAUUCCGACAUUAUUCCAAAAAUUUACAGUUCAUAUGAUUCUAAGUCUAGUCCCGAAAACAAGUCCAGAAUGAUCAUAAGAAGAAUAUACUUUAAAUUGGUCAUUUCCGACAGGAGCAUUAUCUCAUCAGUUACCAAAGCUCUUCUCAAGCAGAUCGACUAUUUCCGUGAUACACCAACCGAUACAAAUUAUUCUAUUCCAAAGAACAUCGUUGAUUCCUUCUACCAGUUUAAUCCAGAUUGUGAUGAGAAUAACAAGAUCUUGGCCACUUUCAAGAUUGACUUCACCGGCGGCGUUUACGCAUACUUUAACCAAUUCUUCGAGAAGAGAAACGAGUGUGACAUUGCCAAGUACACAUCCGACUCAUUCACUCACCUCACACUCGAAGAGAACAUCAUCAGCACAAUCUUCAGAAAGGUUGAAGCUGACUUGAUGUUCAAAGAAUCAGUUUGCGCACUUUUCGAUUACGGUGACUUCUUCGAUAUCGACAAGUCAAUCAACGUUGCCCCAUUGUUGGAGAAAGACGAGACAGACCUUCUCGAUAGGUUGAACAAAUUAACACGUCUCUACAUGAACGGUCGCGUUGAACCUGAUAUCAAUCGCGUUGAACCUCUUAUCGAUCUCCUCUGCAACUACAUCAAGAACAGGAUGCUCAGCUUCAGGCCACAGUUCGAAGACGGCCCAGCCAAGUCCGAGAAUAAAGAAGAAGGCGCCAAAGAAGGUGGCGAUGAAGAGAAAGCAGCUCCAGCAAAGAAGACUGUUGCAAAGAAGACAGUCGCCAAGAAGAUCAUCAAGAAGAAAGUUGUCGCAAAGAAGGAAGACAACGAAGAGAAGGAAGAUGAUGAAGAAAAGGAGAACGAAGAAAAGCCAACAACAGCAGAGCCAAAGAUGAGAAUUGUCAAGAAGGCAACACCAAAGGCCGGAACAGCAUCCGCAGCAGAGAAAUCAUCCAAGAGCAAGAUCGGCAAAGAUGAGAAGAUCACAGCAAUGAAAGAUCUCAUCUUUACAGCACUUAAACUCUACUCCAACUUCAACAAGAUCUUCCAAGAUUCAAGUGACAAGAAGAAGAUGUCAAAUGCCGUUGAACAAGCCUGGAAUGCAAAGGAGUUCAGACCACAUUACAACUUAGUUCAGUUCAUCCAUUAUUCCGUUGUCAACAACCUCGAGAACAUUCCAGAUGAAUACAAGUCCAAGUUCCCACAAAUUUGCAAGCUCUUCUUCGAUUUCACAACAGACAAAGCUGUUUUCGUUCCUCUCUUCAUGAACUACCAGAUCCAGCGUAUCAUCAAGAACAGAGAGUCCGAACAAGACACAAGAGCUCUUGAGUUCGAAAUCGUCAAACAACUCAAGUCAAUCGGUGCUUCUUCCAACACAGAAGAUUUCGGUAAGCAUCUUGAAGAAAUUUACAACCAAGUCAGAAUUUCUAUCGACACAACAAAGAACUUCAAGGCAACAAUACCUUCCGACAGCCAAGUUGAUUUCAUUGCAACAGUCUUGAACCAUAACAUUGUCGAGAAGUUCGCUACAGAUAACGCUUUCAAGAUCAUGCCAUUCCUUCAGGAUCUCCACAACAGAUUCGUUGGAUUCUAUCAGCAGAACCACCAGAACUCUGAUCUCAAGAUCAUUCCAGAUAUCUCACAGCUCCAGUUCACAUUCAGAGUUCCAAAGAACAAGAAGUCUGCCAAUCUAAAGGUUUAUACAAUCAACACCGAUGCAUGGGGUGGCUCCAUUUUAAUGGCCAUCUACGAGGCAAAGGAGACAGGUCUCAAGAAGGCAGAUAUCAACGCUAUCACAGCUGUUAAGGAAGACCUCGUCGAUGCUUAUCUCAAGAUGAUGUAUCACAUGAAGCUCAUCGCUAUGAAGGAUAAAGGAGCUUCUAACAAGAUGGAAGAUAUCGAAUGGGUCUUGAACAAGAACUUCUUCAAUCAGCAGAAGAACAUUACCAUUCCAACAGUCGAUGUUCAGAAGGAUAAGGCCAGUGAUGUCGCUGCUGAAAGAAAGCAGCAGUUGAUCACGAUUCACAUCAUUCGUGUUGGCAAGGGUAAUAAGGAUGGUAUCUCUAAGACAAUGCUUAUCGAAGAAGUCGCUAGAGCUUGCAGAAAAUACUUCGAGCCUAGCAUCGAAGAGAUUACAACAAAGAUGGAUAAGAUGGCUGUACCAGGUCCAGAAAACUAUUUGGAAAUCAAGAGUGAUGGAACUGUUUUAUAUAAACGUUAA